AUGCAUUCAGCUAUACUUACAUCCCUUACUCUGUUGAAUUGUCCAUUCCUGGUUAAUCUUUCGGAUCCAUCUGCUAAACUUUUUGGAAAAACCUCCAAUGGCCGACUUUGGGAGCAUAUUCUUCAUUAUCUUGUUGUUGCUCUAGAUCCACCAUCACUGCAGAGAUUCACAGAUUGUUAUCCACCCACUACUUUAUUGCAGGCCAAAGAGUUUCGUCUGGUUGUUUUCAAGUCAUUGGAUGCACUGCGAAAGACUCGUGCUAUUCAACUACCUGCACUAGCUCGUCUUACAUUUCGAAAAUCGGACUUGGACAAUGUUCGCAGUGAUCGGUUUGAAAGAUUGAUACUGGCAAUCACAUCAGAUUUACUAAGCCAUCAGAUUAAGAUCGAAUCUACAUAUGAUGGUCGUGCCAUUAUACCUCCAGUUUAUACUCCUCCUCUUACACUUCCUGUUGAACUCCAGCUCAAACUCACCAGGGCACAGACACUAUUGCAAACCAAUGAGCUGCUUAAUUCAAUUAUUCAAAUGAGCAACAACCAAAAAUCAUGGACACAGCAGGGAAAAGAGUUUAAAAAAUUGGCCACUACUCUUCAAGAUACAUUGGCAAGUAUUUUUGAAUGCCUACUCAGAUUUGCUUUCCAGCACACUAAUGAUCAGAUUCGUAUAGAUAAGCAUUUGCAAAAUCCAGCUGCGAUCGCAUCAGAUGUUGAAAGACUUGUACAAACACAUGCCAGUCUUUCACAAGAAACAUUACAAGUAGCGACACAGCUGAUCAGCUGGCUGAAAACAGAGUACAAACCCAUUACACAUAAGCUGAUCUCUGAAUCCAAUCUGGAAUCCCUUGACCAUGAUCAGCUUAGAUUGCAUCCUUCCAAAGAGCUUGCCUUGAAAAUUCAAUCACUUUCACAGCAGAGACAGUUUCAACUGUUUAAUUCCAAUGGAGAGCUGGAUAUAGUGGCUUUGAUUGAAGCUUGGAUGGGAUUGUACAGCAACCUGGAUAUGGAGAAUAGCAUUUUGUGGUAA